CGUAGCCAUUUUAAAGUCACAGUGCAACACAUCACUCAUAUUUGGUAUGAUUUCGUAGAUAUUUUUUUUGGUUUGGGAAUGCUCUAAACUUUUUCCCAUAUAAAGUAAUGGUAAUUGGUCGCUUUACGCCAUUUCGGAUUACAAAAGGUGUCAUAGGAAUGUUGUACUUUUGGAUAGUGGGGGAAGCCUUUACUACAUGCUGAUACGUGAUUAUUAAGUGGAUUAUUGCUGACUUCUCAUUUGCCCUUAUUUGAUGUGGUCUAUAGGGAAUUACCUAUAUGUCGAGAGCUCCUCUCCAAGCAGAGUAGGGGAUGUGGCCCAGCUGAAGUCCCCUCUGCUGCCACCUGCUGGCCCCCAAGGCUACUGCAUCACUUUCUGGUACCACAUGUUUGGUGCCACAGUUGGAAGCCUAAGGUUAUACCUGCAAGAAUCUCAGCCCCAACAGAGGACACUGAUGUGGAAGAGGCAGGGCAUGCAAAGCGACAUGUGGCAGAUGACCCAGAGUCAUGUGACCCUGCAGGAGGUCCAUCAGGUGGUGCUGGAGGCGUCUGUGGGUGGUUGGGCGGGAGACGUUGCUCUGGAUGACAUCACUCUUACCCCUGGAACUUGCCGUCACUCCGGACCCCCAGACCUGUGUGACUUUGAGGACAGUGACUGUGACUGGACCUCGGAGAGCUGGGUGCGGCGUUCUGGUGGUGGUCCCAGUAGGGAGCCAGGAUCCGAUCACACCACCGACACGCCCCAUGGACAUUACUUUUACCUGGGCUCCUCAAGCUCCUAGCCCCCUGGUCACAUGGCCUCACUGGUCUUCCCAGAAUUCGCUGCGGGAACAGGUGACUGUCUACAGGUCUGGUACCGCAUGGAUGGGGACAGCAUAAGUACCCUAAACGUGUAUCAGCAGAGCGAGGAUGGCGGACGCAAACUUGUUUUUUCAAAGACUGGCAGCCAGGGGGAGCUGUGGAGGCUUGGCAAUGUCAGGCUGGAUCCUAUGGAGGGGUCUGCAUUCCGGGUAAGGUUGGCUAAGUGGGGUCAUGACUGAUAGAUAUGCGAUCUUCAUGUCACCACAUUGCAAACUCUGCAGAUAAGGUUGUUGGGCAAUU